AUGUCUACCUACGAGAACUUACGUUUGAGCACGUACGAGCAACAGGCAUUAUACCAUUUCUCUAAAGCGAACGGUGACUUUUCUCCCCAAUCUACACAGAAUUCAACACCAAUGAGUUCCGUUCAGGAUGAGCUUGAUUUUCGUCACACUUCGCGUUCACCAUCUUCGCAAACGACGACAAGCUCGAAUUCGGCAGAUGCUAAUAUGAACAAGUCCCAUAUUCACGCUUCACCUCAGUUAUCCAGGGCAUUAGAUAUUUCAUCUCUAGGAUUCUAUUCAGGCCCCAGCUUAAACAACUCGAUGAUCAGCAGUAAGAGACACGCGCAGUUUGUGAGAAGAUCUAUUGUUAUUUCCCCGUCAUUGAACUCGAUCCACUCUUUAACAGGGAGCUCUAGCUGCAGAUCAAAUUUAAGCUCUCAGGCUACAGAGGUAUCGGAGGCACCAACUGCAACAAUUGCUAUGGUGAAUAGUCCGAGUAUCAGAGCAUUGAGUGAUAUUUUGAACAAUAACGUUGAUAACAAAACACAGAAGUUUGAUGCGAUCACGGAAGAGGACGAGCAAUUAAACUUCACGGACUCUGCCUCUACUUCAUCACACUUGACAUCAAGUGGCAGCUUUACUUCAAGCAUGCCACACACACCUUCCCCUAAGGCAAGAAGACCAAUUUGUCACUCUCCUUCCUCAACUAACCUUUCACCCCAAAGGGUCGAAGCAAUCAAGGCCAACCUUACAAACUAUUCCACAUGUUCAGGUGCUGGUGAAAAUCAGCCUGAUCUAAUAAGUUUGACAAGUACACCGAAAUCAUCUUCAUGUUCUACUCUUCAAAGUCCCACUUACAGUCCGCCCGCUGCAUUACAAGAAAGCAUCUUAAGGUGUUCACCCGCUCAUUCUCCGAGAAUACAUUCCCCUGUUGAUCAUAAAGUCGGCACACCGAUUCAGUUCGGAAUAUCAGACGAAUCAUCUGUGACCAACUACGAGCAAGAGAGCAGAUAUCUUGGCUCGCCUCAUGCUAGUCGAAAGGCUGCAAUAUCUCCAGCUAUAUCAAUAGGAAACCGCGAAAGGGGUAAAUUUACUGAUUCUACUUCCGUUAAGGAAGGUGAUCUCUUGACGCCGAAACUUUUCUCACCAGAUUUGGUGUUUGACGAACCGAUUGAAACUUUUAACGUCCUCAAGAACGAGUCAAGUGCAUCUGAACCACCUGAACUUUCACCGGUGAAAGAAAUCGGAUAUAGUUUAGAGAAGGACACGUCGAACUCGCAAAACAUCGAAGAUCGGAAUACAAUUGAAGCUUAUGAGAAGUUUUUCAGACUCCACUUUUCAUCCUAUGAUGGAGAACCACUCGAUAGGAAGAUCGAUGCUUUAGAAAGACUAGGAGUAGAAAACGAGAGAUCAGAAUUUGUUCAGAAGACAGAGAAGCACCAUUCCAUGAAGGAAGAACAGAAGAGAUUGUCCAUUAGACUGAUUCAAGAGGAUUCCGAUGUGGAUGAUAGUAACUCUGAGUCAAUGAAUCUGGAGAAGAAGGAAAGUGGCACUGAGAAUUACGUAGAAGUGCCUUCUACAGCACAAAAGGAUGAUCAGAAGUUAACGGAAGUUGAGGAAGUGCCAAUUAUCACAGAUGAGCAAACAGUAGCAAAAAUUGCAGAGCCUUCAACAGAGGACGUUGGAGAAUCAAAUGUAAUUAGAAAGGAACAGAAAGAAGAAGAAGAAGGGGAAAUAGAAGCAGCAAAACCACUUCCUGCUCUACCGAAGAGUACAACCGUUGGUGAAAAGAAUGCAGAUAAUCAUUCUUCAGUCCCACCUGCUUCUACGAAGAAAGACCUCAGGUUUAAGGGUUUGUUCAGCAGUAGGAAAAGCAAUGCAAAAGGCGUUGAUUCUGUAAGUCACAAAUUACAGGAGCAUUCCAAAGAAAAUGUUGAUAACGGUACUGCUGGUUCUAGUACUCAGUCGAAGAAACCUCAGAGAAGAAGUAUGUUCUCUGAAUGGGGAAGAAGGAGCUUUUCUUUUGUACACAACCAUGGAGAAUCUAAAAAGGAACAAAAGCAGGAGCAAAAGAAGGAACCUAGGAAGGAACUCAAGAAAGACAAAUUACCCCAAAAACCUGAAUCUUCUAAGAGGCUUGUUAAAAAGCAAAUGGACAUCCAUAAACUUGCAAAACCAGACGCCAAUAAAGAGACAAAGGGAAUCAAAGGCAUAAAUGAGAUGGAAGAAACCCAAUCAAUAACACAGAAAUCCAGUAUUCUUGUUGAAGAAGAGAAAGGUUCUCAAGAUAAUAAGAUACCUGUUAUAAAGGAAUCGCAAUCUCCUGCACUUUCACAGUCAACAAAGACCACUGGUAAAAGUGUUAAACGAUCUGAUUCUGAAAAAACUAGAAUUGCAGAUGAUGAGAUCAUUGGCAGCCCGGCAUCUCAACAACUGUCAUUUGCUUCAAGCAUCAAGUCUAGCAGUAAGAUUCGGUUUGGUGACUCGCUCUUCCCAAAGACACUAAGCAAUACUGAGGUCGAAAGUAUAGUGAGCUUGGAAAGAUCACGUUCGAAAGCUUCCCGCUGCUCCUAUAGUGUCUCACCUGUUAUAACGUCUGGUUCUCGUCUUACCCCUACUCAAAGUGUGGAUUCCAUCGUGAAAAGAAUGCAGGAUUCGAACCCAAGCCUCGAGGAAGUGCCUGCAGAACAGAAGAAUCUGGAAAAUAAUCAGAUGGACUCACCCGAGCCAAUAGAUGCUGUUGUUCAGCCUUCUCGCGAACCUAUUAAAGAGGUAGCUUCAUCAAACAUUCAGAAAGAUUCUGCAAAAGGAAAUUCUCACAGAAAGCAGAAGAAGAAGACGGCUGGCCUCGGAAUUUCACAUUAUAAAAAGCUUCGUGUUGAUAACGACAUUUCAGAUGUUAUGAAUUCGGUCAAUUUCAGCGAUGAUGAUGAACCUUUUGACACAAACUUUUAUUUGUCGGAUGUUAGAACCUCAGAUCAGAGAAAGGGGAGAGCAGGCCAUGGAUCUGGACGUAUAAAUAAUGCACAAAGAUUUAUGUCUCUUCCAAAUAUUGGAAAACUUCAAGGAGGACAGAGGGAGAGUGACAUCGAGUUUGGAGACAAUUCGAUGCACCAGCGCAAUUCAUCAGGAAAUUUGAAAGGCACUACUUUAUUUGAAGGCUUAAGUCCAUCGGUUAGGACUUCUCUCAAAUCCGAGACUAAGUCUGCCAUUCUUGGUUCUUUAGCCGGCACCUCCAGUAGCUAUAAUGUUGGAAAUGAGGACGGGUUUGAUUUGGAAGAUAUUUAUGAUGAUUUUGAAAACGAGGAUGAGAAUGACUAUGUGGAAUCCGAAGAUGGUUUAGAUAUGAGAGAACCGGAGGUCGAUUUCUUUAAAACAGGUGUUUCUUUCGCAACAAACGAUAAUGAGGAGUCUAUGCUUGAGGAGGAUUAUAACAAUGGUAAACAACAAAGUCCAAAGAGGCUGUCGCUGAUUUCCAGAAUCAGCUCUUCCAAAUCUAGUCUGAAGAGUAAGAGCUCCAAAUUUGCUUCACCACCACUUUCCAUGCAUUCAUUUGCUAAGAGUCCCUCUACAUCUUUGUGUAGAUCAAAUAUGCAAUCCGCAUUAUCUAAGAAGCCGCUAGGUAAGAGGAGAUCGAAGCAGGGCAAGAGAAAAUCACACCAUGUUGGUGUCAAAUUUUCAUCUGAAGUAGUGCUUUGUUCUACUUAUGGCGACGAUGAGUACGAUAGACAUCCUGGUAAUGCAGCGUGUAACAACCUCACACCAGAAUUAGCAAUGAAUAUCCGAAAUGAACUGAAUGUUUUCAAAGCUGAGAUGGAGGUUAACGAACACUCGAGAUGUUACACACACUUUCUAUAA